CUUCUUCUCCGUCGCUUCAACUGCUCUUAUUCAUUCGUUUCAGACCUGUUCGGUCUAUUCAGACAUUUAUUCUGAGUCACUUCAAGCUUCAGAAUGUCUUUGUGAAUUUGUUCACGUUGUUGUCCCCUUCUGACAUGACCUAGAGCGUGCACUGUCUCUGGUACAGUCGGAGCUCCUAGCGCCCUCCAUUUCCCCCCUCCCCAGCUAAUCUUCGCAACCUGAUAAACGCUGUCCACAACCGUCCACACCAGAACUUCUGCUCAGGUGGAGCUUCAAUUGAGCUCAUUCGCGUGGCUAGGGUACAAUACGGUUCGAACUAUUCGAGUUCCACGCUGUCAUGUCGAAUCCGACCCAACCCUUCGACCCUCGCCGGGCCACAACGUACGGGCGCCCGGAGGAGCUGCAUAUCCCGUCCGGUGCCCCCAAUCUGCAGCGACAGUCCAUGUCCCAAGACUUCGUGUCGGGCGCCGAAAACCACGUUCCUUCAAUCAAUGUGCAUCCAUCCGGCUCACAGCCUGGUCAAUUUGGAGGCGGCAACAACGCUGCUGGUGGUCAUCUACCGGGAGCACUGCAGCCAGGCAACUCCAACCGUCCACCAGCAGUGUCCAUGAACACAGCCCCCUCAGUGCUUCCAACUCUCCCUCAGUUGGCGACCCCCAUGCAGCCUCCCGCAGCACCGUCAUCACAGCCGCAACAACCACAGCAACCGCAACAGCCGCAGUCCGCAGUGCAACAGUCGACAAACCCGCGUUCUAGCAUGGUCAAUUCUCACGGACAUUCAAGAUCCAGCCCGGCAGGCUUUGAUCAGCCAAAAUACAAACAGCCGGGCUCGUCGCCGGGUGCUGGCUACCCGCCACAGACUCCGUUGGGAGCCAAAUACUCCCCCUUGGGCCUUGCUGAUAUCCGACCAACCGGUGACUUGUUGAGCGACACGAUGAUGACAUCGGGAAUGAUGUCAAUCAAUAAUAGCGAGAACCAGGUGCCUACCAACAGUAACUAUAUCGCCCCGUGGCCCAUAUACGCAGUGGACUGGUGCAAGUGGCCGGUACCCGGCAAUUCUGGCUCCUUCGGCGGAAAGAUCGCCAUGGGAAGUUACUUGGAAGAUAAUCACAACUAUAUCCAAAUUGUUGACACCCACUGGACCGCUCCCGACCCGGAUACACCAGAUGCGGCGGCUGGAGACAUUAAGCUGGAGUAUGUCAAAACUGCGGAAGCCACCCAUUCAUAUCCUGUGACUCGGAUUCUGUGGGAGCCGCCUUCUUCACAGAAACAAUCCACAGACUUACUGGCAACGUCUGGCGACCAUCUCCGGUUAUGGUCGCUGCCUGCUUCGCAACCAGUGCCGGCUUCGAACACGAUCACACGGUCAAGCAAUCAAAGCGCACCGACCGCGAAGCUGCAACCCUUGGCUUUGCUGUCGAACUCAAAGUCUCCGGAGCACACCGCGCCAAUCACAUCUCUGGACUGGAAUACCAUUUCUCCAAGCCUCAUAAUCACAUCCAGCAUCGAUACCACGUGCACAAUUUGGGACAUUCCCACACUUACCGCCAAGACGCAACUGAUUGCGCACGAUAAGGAGGUGUACGACGUACGGUUCUGCGCCAACAGCGUCGAUGUCUUUGUCAGUUGCGGUGCCGAUGGUAGCGUCCGCAUGUUCGAUCUUCGCAGUUUGGAGCACAGUACCAUCAUCUAUGAGCCCACCGAGAAGAAUGAGAAAUUGAUGAGUCCCGGGAAUGGCAGCCCUUCCGCGCCUGCACAGUCAGCAUGGCCACCACCUCUACUACGCAUUGCAGCCUCUCCCCAUGACUCGCACCUUUUGGCGACGUUCUCGCAAGACUCAAACGUCGUAAGGGUGCUCGAUGUGCGCCAGCCGGGACAAGCUCUGCUGGAGCUGAAGGGACACGCCUCCUCCAUCAACUCCGUGGAAUGGUCCCCCAAUCGUCGCGGCGUGCUCGCCUCGGGCGCAGAUGACUGCUUCGUCCUGCUUUGGGACUUGAUCAAUCAACACAACGCAGCCCCUGUGCCGCCGGGCGCACACCCACCGGGAGCCCCGACCGCGACGCCCACGAGCGAGCGCGGCCCGGCAGCUGCCUGGCAGUGUGAUUACGAGGUAUCAAACAUCAGCUGGUCGCCGCAGGGCGGGACCACGCCAGCCGGACAUCCACGCGACUGGCUCGGGGUUUGUGGCGGGCGAGGCCUCUGGGGAGUCGCUCUGUGAAUAGCUUCAUACAUCGGCUAGACUUUUGACAGAUCGUCAUGUGCAUGUGAUUUUGUUUGUCCUUUUCUGUUUUCAGACUAUGACUUACCCCCUUGAUGUUAUGAUUUUGGUACGGGUCUUAUUCGGGAUGGGAUGGGCUCUGGGACAGGCAUGAUUGAGAUGACGUCCCGUGGCAACGGAAGCCCCAUAUAGCGCGCAGGGAGACUUGACCCGCGUAGGCGAUCUUUGGUAUAUGGCAUGGUACGAGUAAAUGAAUGAACGAACAAUCCCUUUUUCCUUUCUUUUU